AAAUUCUACCGGGAAAGAUUGAAACAGGCGAUUGAAGAACGGGUAGAAGAACUCACCAAAAUGCUGAGACUGGAGGGACACAUCAGUAAGGAAGAACACGAGAUCUGGCAUCAGCACUGGAACCUGUGAGCUGGGGUGCUGGGAACUGUCUUAUUCAUUGUCUUGUUUCAUUGAUCAUGUUAUAGUUACUGUUUUAUAGAUUUGCUGAGUAUGCCUGCAGAAAAAGGAAUCUCAAGGUUGUAUGUGCUGAGAUGUGUGUACUCUGACAAUAAACUUUCCCUUGAACUUUGGAGUUAGGGGAGCACGUUCUUUCCAAACUUAACAUGCUUACCACAGUGGCAAGUGAGCAGUAGGAAUAUACCAUCCCUGGUGAAGAGAUGUGAGUUAAAAUUAGAGCCAAUCUUUCUACAGGGCUGCAGUUUAAAUUCACUCAGUCAACUCAGCCACAAAAAAAGACAGACCUUGUAGAUGGUGACUCAAGACAGGUUGAAUCACGGCGAUCUUUCCCUAGUUAGCUAAAAUUAACCAUCACCCCAGCCCUGGCCAUCACCGUAUUGGUUCCUCCCGUAGUGUGAGAGUCACAGCUUCUCCAGGUGCUUUAUCAGUGACCUUUCUUCCAGCAAGAGUUCCAGGUGGGGUGUCUGGGUGGGGGUGGUGACGGCUGUCUAUUGCACAAAGUUCGGUUUAUGACUGGUCAGCACACAUGGCAAGAUAUAAACAGCACGUGGCCUGGGCUGUGGGCAAACACAUUGUUGCUGGUGACAUUUUCAAUAAACGUGGGUGUGUCCCUUGGAAAGCUCCAAUCUCCACAUAACAAAUUUAAGGUCAACCGUACUGCCUUCAGCAAUGUAUUUAGUUUUGGCUUUAAAAAUACUCAAUUAGUAUAGUCAGACAGUGAGAAAGAAGGGAGAAAGACAAAAGAGGAAAUUAUAGCCCAGUUAGACUAACUUGGGAAAGUGUUGAAGUCCAUUAUUAAGGACGAGGUUUCAGGGUACUUGGAGACAAAUGAUAAAAUGUCAAAGUUAGCAUGGUUUCUGUAAAGGAAAAUCUUGCAUUAAAAAAUCUGUUAGAAUUUUUCAAGGAAGUAACAAGCAUGGUGGACAAAGAAGACCCAGUGGAUGUCAGUUACUUAAAUUUUCAGAAGGCAUUCUAUAAGGUAUUACAAGAAAGUUACUGGCAUGGAUGGAGGAAUGGCUGACAAGAGGGAGGCAGUGAGUGGGAAUAAAAGCAACAUUUUCUGGUUGGCUGCCAGUGACUAGUGGUGCUCCUCAGGGGUCAGUUUUGGGACCACUGCUUUUCACAUUGUCAAAGUAAUUCAAUGUGGAUAAGUGUGAGGUUAUCCACUUUGGUGGCAAGAACAGGAAAACAGAUUAUUAUCUGAAUGGUGGCUGAUUAGGAAAAGGGGAGGUGCAACGAGACCUGAGUGUCAUUAUACACCAGUCAUUGAAAGUGGGCAUGCAGGUACAGCAGGCAGUGAAAAAGGCGAAUGAUAUGCUGGCAUUCAUAGCAAGAGGAUUCGAGUACAGGAGCAGGGAGGUACUACUGCAGUUGUACAAGGCCUUGGUGAGACCACACCUGGAGUAUUGUGUGCAGUUUUGGUCCCCUAAUCUGAGGAAAUACAUUCUUGCCAUCGAGGGAGUACAAAGAAGGUUCACCAGAUUGAUUCCUGGGAUGGCAGGACUUUGAUAUGAUGAAAGACUGGAUAGACUAGGCUUAUACUAGCUGGAAUUUAGAAGAUUGAGGGCGGAUCUUAUUGAAAUGUAUACAAUUUUAAAGGGAUUGGACAGGCUAGAUGCAGGAAGAUUGUUCCUGAUGUUGGGGAAGUCCAGAACGAGGGGUCACAGAUUAAGGAUAAAGGGGAACCUUUUAGGACCGAGAUGAGGAAAAACUUCUUCACAUAAAGAGUGGUGAAUCUGUGGAAUUCUCUGCCACAGGAAACAGUUGAGGCCAGUUCAUUGGCUAUAUUUAGGAGAGAGUUAGAUAUGGCCCUUGUGGCUAAAGGGAUCAGGGGGUAUGGAGAGAAGGCAGUUACAGGGUUCUGAAUUGGAUGAUCAGCCAUGAUCAUACUGAAUGGUGGUGCAGGCUCGAAGGGCCGAAUGACCUACUCCUGCACCUGUUUUCUAUGUUUCUAUGAAUGAAUGGCUUUGCGGUGAAGUUUGCGGAUGAUACAAAGAUAGGUAGUGCUGAGGAAGCAAUGCAAUUGCAGCAGGACUCCGUCAAAUUGGAAGAAUGGGCAAACCAGUGACAAAUGGAAUAUAGUGUUGGGAAAUGUAUGAUCCUGCAUUUUCAUUUUGGUAAAAGGAACAAUAGUGCAGACUGUUAUUUAAAUGGGGAGAAAAUUCAAACAUCAGAGGCACAAAGGGGCUUAGGAGUUCCCAUGCAAGACUCCCAGAAGGUUAAUUCAUAGCUUGAGUCUGUGGUAAAGAAGGCAAACGCAAUGUUGGCAUUCAUUUCAAGGGGAAUAGAAUAUAAAAAGCAAGUGGAUAAUGCUGAGCCUUUAUAAAACCCUGGUCAGGCUGCACUUGGAGUAUUGUCAAUGUUUUGGGCCCCUUAUCUCAGAAAGAAUGCAUUCCCGCUAGAGAGAGUCCAAAGCAGGUCCACGAGGAUGAUUCUGGGGAUAAAGGGGUCAACAUAUGAAGAGCAUUUGGCAGCUUUGGGUCUGUACUCACUGGAAUUUAGAAGAAUAUGUGCGGAUCGCAUUGAAACCUACCAGAUGUUGAAAGGACUAGAUAAGAUGGAUGUGGAGAGGGGCAACCUUUCAGAACAGAAGUAAGGAGGAAUGUUUUCGGGCAAAGAGUGGUGAAUCUCUGGAAUGCGCUGCCACAGACAAUGGCGGAGGAGAAGUCCAUGGGAACAUUUGAAGGGGAAGUUGAUAGAUUCCUGAUAGAUCAGGGUAUCGAGGGACAUGGUGAGAGGGCAGGUGUAUGGGGUUGAGUAGGACCCGGGAUCUGACAUGAUGCCGUGGCGGAGCGGACUCGAUGGGGUGAAUGGCCUAAUUCUGCUCCCAUGUCUUAUGGUCUUAUGGACAGGCUGCCCAACGACGAGUGCAAACACAAGGGAUCCCACAGAUGUUGGGAAUCCAGAGCAACAUCUACAGAAUACUGAAUGAGGAGAAUACACAGUCGUGGCUUUGGGCCGAGACAUCAACAGUAAAAGAAUGUUAUGCUGGGGUGAAGUUGUGCACUGUGGUGGAUGAUAGCUGAAAACAGGUUUUUGGGGAGGUGGGUGGGGAAGGUGAUAGGUGGAAAAGGCAAAGGACAGAAGAAGAUGGAAGCUGAUAGGAGAGGAGAGGGGCCGUGUGAGAAAGUGAAGGAGGAGGAACAGCAGAUGGAAGUGAUGGACAGUGGAGGAGAAGAGAGCACAUGAUAGAAGAUCCAUAAUUGGGAAUAGUUAAAAAGAGAGAAGGGACGGAGAAGAAAUGGCUGGAGGUUAGAGAAGUGAAUUUUCUAUCAGCGGGUUAGAGGCUACACAGUCAAAAUAGGAGGCAUUGCUCCCAAAACCUGAGCGUGGCUUCGUCAUGGCAGUAGAGGAGGCCUUGGUCCGAGUUUCUUAUGCUGGCUUCUCAUCCCUUCCUUUCCAGUCCUGAUGAAGGGUCUCAGCCCUGAACGUUGUUUGUUAAUUUCCCUCCAUAGAUCCUGCAGGACCUGCUGAGUUCAUCCAGAAUUUUGCCAUGUUGCUCAUGAAGCAGUGCAUGUUGACUCUUACCUGAUCACGAACUGUCUUUCCCAGUGAAGAUUAAUCCUGCCUCUCUCAUCAGUCUCUCAUAAUCACCCAGCCAGUGAGAAAGUCACUGAACUUGUGGGGAAGCGAAACCGGCCAGAGGGUUCGAAGGUAUUCUUCACCCUGGUGAUGGGGAAAGGGUCCCGAGCCCGGAGGGUGAUGUGGGAAGCAUUUGUUAAAAUGCGAAACGAGUUACUGAAGUUGGACAGAAUAUUGAAGGAAAUCCAAGAGCUCGGGGCUGAUAUACCAGAAUACAUGAACAUCAGCGAAGGGUUAACCGAAUUACCACCUCAGUUGAAAGAUGUUCAUGAGAAACACAAGAAGACACUGUGGGAAGAAACUGAAAAGCUCAGAGUGAACACGAUCCUGUUGAGUGAGAAGGUGAAGGUUUUCAAGCUGGUUGAUCGAUACGCUGAGCUGACGGUCAUUUCUUCUGUUCGAGAACGGAGGUUUGUGGAACACGAGCUGCUGGCAAGAGGCCGAGACCAUGAGGAGUGGAGAAUGAAGCAUCUUCGGGGAGAGUUGGAAAAAAUCCGUGCCGAUCAGUUGCUUCAAAGUAGUUUUUCCCAUAACAUAACUUACUGGCAGCAAAUAAAGAGAUUCUUAGGAUUUGACUCUGUGAAUCCAACAUCAGUGAACAGUGUGAAACCUGGGAAUUCAGCAGCAGUGGCCGGAGUCCCGGGCAUCGGGAAAACAACAAUGAUGCAGAAGAUUGUUUAUGACUGGGCCACGGGGAAAAUAUACCAACACUACCAUUUUGUGUUCAGUUUCAAAUUCAGGGAUCUAAACACCAUUAACCGUGAAAUAAGCCUGACGGAAUUGAUUCUGCAACAGUAUCCUUACUUUGAGAAUAGUCUGGAAGAAGUCUGGAAGAACCCGGAGGGAUUGCUGUUUAUAUUUGAUGGUUUGGAUGAACUGAAGGAUGGGAUUGAUUUUACUGAGAGUCAGAGAGACACAGAACCUCAGCAAUGCUGUGCAGACCCAGAAUUCCGGUGCCUCGUGUCAGACAUUGUGUACAAUUUAAUCCAGCACAAACUCCUCCCAGGGUGUUCAGUGCUGGUGACCACCCGCCCCACUGCGUUACAUUCAUUGGAAAAGGCCGAGAUCAGUGUCUGGGCUGAAAUCCUGGGAUUUGUUGGUGAGGAACGGAAGGAAUAUUUCAAUAGGCAUUUUGAAGAUCAGACGGUGGCAGCAGCUGUUUUCAAACAUGUGAAGGAGAAUGAGAUCUUGUACACCAUGAGCUACAACCCCUCCUACUGCUGGAUCCUCACUCUGGCACUGGGACCCUUCUUCUCAAAAGGAGACAAGGACCCACAGCAAGUUCCCAAGACCAUCACCCAACUAUAUUCCUACUAUAUUUACUACAUCCUGAAAAACCACGGCCGUGAGAUCGAGAACCCCCGUGAUGUGUUACUCAGGGUUGGUCAGAUGGCCUUCACAGGAGUGUCUGAGAGGAAGAUUGUGUUUACAGAUGGAGAUUUGAUCAAUUACAAUCUGAAGCCUUCCCAGUUCCUGUCUGGUUUCCUGAUGGAGCUUUUGCAGAGAGAGGAUUCUGCCCGGUGUGUGGUGUACACAUUCCCACACCUCACCAUCCAAGAGUUUGUAGCUGCAGUUGCACAAUUCCUGACCUCAGACCUCAAGGAUACUGUGAAGAUCCUCGCUGAAGCCUGCUGCAUGACAGAUGGGCGGUUUGAGGUAUUUCUCCGUUUUGUUGCUGGUCUCUCCUCGGGGUCAGCCUGGCGCUGGAAGGAGUUUCUGGGUCCAUUUCCUGUCGAUACAGCCUGCCAGGUGAUUGACUUUCUGAAGGGGGAGUUCAAACGUCGGAGUGGAAACACAGAGAACGAAGCCGAUAAAAGGAGCCUCCUGAACACAUUGCACUACCUGUUUGAGUCUCAGAAUCGUGUGCUAGCUCAGGAAGCACUAGGGUCUGUGGAAAAACUUUCACUUAGUGGACUGCGACUGACCCCGAUUGACUGCGCGGUCCUGUCUCAUGUCAUCGGACUCUGUGAUACAAUAAAGCACCUCGACCUGGAUCACUGCUACAUUCAGUGUGAAGGACUCCAACGGCUGGCACCCAGUCUCCACAGAUGCCAAGAGUUGGGAUUGGCAAACAAUGAUUUGGGUGAGGGUGAUUCAGCAGUCAACCUAAUCUCUGCAGCUCUGAGGGAUCGGGACUGUAAAAUAGAAAAACUGCGAUUGGGCAAUAACCGUAUCACAGCCUCUCAGACUGCAAUCCUCGCCUCUGCUCUCGUUAAAAACCGCUCACUGACGGAGCUCGAUAUGAAGGAUAAUAGACUGGGAGAUACAGGUGUAAAAGAGCUGUUAGGAGUUCUGAAUAACUCGGAAUGUAAAAUACAGAAAUUGGGGCUGAAGAACAACAGUUUCACAGCUCUUUGCGCCAGGAAUCUUGCCUGCAUUCUCAGAACAAACCACUCACUGAUCAAACUGGAACUGGAUAACAAUAAACUGGAGGAUUCAGGAAUGAAACUGCUGUCUGAGGCUCUGAGGAACCCGCACUGUAAAAUACAGGAAUUGCGGUUAUGUAGAAUCGGUCUCACAGCUUCUGGUGCAGAGUAUCUCGCCUCUGCUCUCGCUACUAGCCCGUCACUGGUGGAUCUUGCCCUGGACUAUAAUAAUCUGGGUGAUUCAGGAGUGAAGCUGAUAUUUGGACCUUUGAAUAGCCCAGAUUGUAAAAUACAGAAACUACGAUUAUGGGAUGUCGCUCUCACAGAUUCGUUCAGUGAGGAUCUUGCUAUGGCUCUCAAAACAAACUGCUCCCUGAAGCUUCUGUCACUGGGUGAUAACAAAAUCGGAGACUCAGGGGUGAAACGUUUGUCUGGGAUGCUGGUGGAGCUCCAAUGUAAACUACUGGAACUAGAUCUGUACAAUAACGGGCUGACCGAUUCCAGCAUGCAGUCCCUCUGCCUCGUUCUCAACAGACUGAGUUCGCUGAAAAUUUUGGACCUGGGAGGAAACUCCUUCACAGACGAAUCCACCCACUCGUUCCGCCAGCUGAUACUGCGACGCAAGAGUUUGAAACAAAUCACGCUUACGGGGAAUCGAUUCACUGCAGAUGGGCAGAAUCAUCUGUUGUCAUUACGGGGAACCAGACGCGGUCUUAAUGUGAAAGUGUGAGUCAUUCAGAUGUAGAAUAUUAUCUCCUCCUGGAUGAGAAUAGUAUUCGUGGAUUUCACAGUCACACCUCGGAUUUAAACCCUGAACACCUAAAGCUCCAGAUGAGCGUGAGCCUCACCCAUCAUCGGGCCCAGGUGCUGUUUCACGUAUCAUAGCUGACUGGUCGCUUGCCAGAUCUGUCAGUGUCUGAUAACUGAACUUUGUGGAAAUGCCCAGACAGAAAUGGUCAAAUGUCUGCUCCAACUGCACUGCCAAGUGAUAGCGGAAAUCCAAAUCGUUCAUACUAGGUUUGACUUCGUCCGGGCGAGCAGCUGUGCAUUCAGACUGCAAAUGUUAUUCGUCAAGUAUUACCCUGUUUCGUUUUGUUUUGCAUUUAUUGGGAAGAAAGCACAACAUUGCCUCUAAUUCUGUGCUGUAGUGUUCUAUGGUUCCUCAGGAGUAUGCAGAUCAUCGAACACUUUGGCAAACGUCAAUAGAGGCAUGGUGAAAAGUGUGCUGACUGGCUGAAUUCCAGCCUGAUACGGGAACUGAAAUGCCUUUCAUUUUCAGUGGGAAAUCCCGACUGGAUUUAGCCUAGUACGUCAUGGGUGAAACCCUCCCAACCAUUGAGCAGAUCUACAUGAAAUGUUGCCAUAGAAAAGCAGCAUCGAUCAUCAAAGAAACUCACCAUCCAAGCCAUGCUUUUCCCUUCCUGCUGCCAUCAGGUAUAAAGUACAAGAACCUUUGGACUCACACCACCAGCUUCAAGAACAGUUACUACUCCUCAGUCAUCAGGCUCUUGAGCAAAAGGGGUAGCGACACUCAUUUACGGUCUGUUACAUUGUUUCCUCAAGCUCGUUAUUUAUUGCUGUUUAUUUAUAUUUACAGUUGCAUAGUUUGUUUACAUUAACUGUUCCUGAUGAUUAUAGUUUAUGGUUACUGUUCUAUGGAUUUGCUAAUUAUGCCCACAGUUAAAAAAAUAUCAGGGUUGUAUGUGGUGACAUGUUUGUAUUAUGAUAAUAAAUUUUACUUUGAAUUUUGAACUAUCGAACUUUGGAUUUUUUAGUUUGGACUGAAAGUUAUCAGUAUGGCAGAGGCUGUGAAAGUGAUCAAGAUCCCAGCUGCAGGGAAGCACAGUUAUUCAGGCUACUCGCUUGGUGCCACGAUCACAAAUGCGUUAUGAAUUUCAGGCACUUCUCUAUAUGCCUAGCACUUUCUCACUGUGACCACACAGAUUCCCUUCAGUGCUCCUUUCCCCUCGUAUACCAAACAGCACAAGGGUGAGUUGUAUUAAUUACCAGCUGUCAAUUGUCUACAGUAUGUCGCUGUUGAAUGCGUUGAAUGUUGAUGUGGACACUGGGGUGGUAUCUGAGCUGAUGGCCGGUCUGCCCCCAUUAGAACAUGAUCACUUUGCUUCAACUUCGAUGAGGUAAUCGUGAAUUAACAUUGGAAAUCAUGUCACUCACAUACUGUUCCUACCAGUGAUAUUACAGUGGGACUGGGGAUAAUGCUGCUCAUCAUUGUCUAGGCUGCUGCCUAUUCACUGGCUGUACUCUAAGAAUCUGUACAUUCAUUCCAGGAAUGUUGCCUCGCAGUUUCCAGGAUGACGGAGACUUCUCUGUUAGAGUUCACAGUAUUCCUAAGUGGAAGUGUGAGUAGCCAAUGAUUGUGAUCCACGUCGGAACCAAUGCCAUAGGCAGGAAAGGUGGUGAGGACCUGGCACCCAAGAGGGAGACAGUAAGCUCCGUCGAUGACUAAUGUCUUGUGGCAGUGACAGCAAAAAGAAUGAAGUGCUUUGGGUGGCUGGUUAUGCACUGCAUUAAAUCCCACCCUCCUGCGACAGUGAGUGCUUUCUAGUUUGCUUUUUGCUCAGAUCAGUCAACUAAUGACACCAUGGUCUCUGCCCUUCCCUUCGUCCUGCCCCGCCUGGAAAAUGGUAUCUCAUAUGACAGGGUGUUAUUUACUGACUUUACCUCAGCAUUACCUCAUGAUAAUCUCUGAGGCUGGUGUCCUCCUUGGUUACUAACCCUUCUCCCUCUAAUUGAAUUUUGGACUUCUAUAUACAAAGGCUACAGUCAUUACUUGUGGCAGAAAACAUCCCUAACCCCAUCAGGCUGAGCACUGGCCUUCCUGGGGUUGUGUGCUCAGCCGGCGGCUGAUGCAUGACUCUGCUGCUCGAUCCAGUUCAAUCCAAAUCAUCAGGCUCACCGAUGAUGCAACAGUGGUUGGACUCAUCAGCAAUGAUAAUGCAAUGACGUACAGAGAGGAGAGAGAGCGGAUAGGAGAAUAGUGCGACCACAACACCUUGAGACACAACGUGGACCAGACUAAAAAUACUAUGAACUUCAGCAAGGUACAAACUGACCAUUCCUUGCAGCACAUGAGCAGCUCAUCAGCGGAGACAGGAGCACCACGUUUCUGAGCGUUAACAUAACACAAUUUCUCCUGGUCUCUCAAUCCCAUUUUUUUUUUAAUCAAGAAAUCAUAACUUUUCCAAUUCCUGAGUACAGAAUGCCAGGUAAGG